CUGUAAAUUUUGCUGUUUUUUUUCUUUACUAAUCUUGUUGAUAUAAAUUGUUUUCUUUUUUCUUCCUUCUUCCUUUCCUUUUAAUUUCCUCCCUUUUUUUGCCAGCUACAUUUAUUUUUUAAAGGUCAUUAAAAUCAUAUAUUCUUUUUUAACUAAAGAAAACGUAUAUUUUUAAUCUUUGAUUUGGCUUUAUAUAAACUGCUGUUUUUUCCUCUUUUAUUCUGGUUCAUUGAAUGACUUCUAUUGAAAACCUCAAAGCUUUUGACCCUUUCGCCGAUACUGGUGACGACGAUACACAAUCAACAAAUUAUAUUCAUAUCCGUAUUCAACAACGUAAUGGUCGUAAAACAUUAACUACUGUUCAAGGUUUGUCUGAUGAUUAUGACUUUAAAAGAAUUUUAAAGGCUUUAAAGAAAGAUUUUGCAUGUAAUGGUAAUAUUGUUAAAGACAAAGAAUUAGGUGAGGUUAUUCAAUUACAAGGUGAUCAACGUGCUAAAGUUCAAGAGUUUUUAACUGAUAAACUUGGUUUACAAAAGAAAAAUAUUAAAAUUCAUGGUUUUUAAUAUUUUUUUAUCCACAUUUAAUCAAAAAUAACAGUUAUUAAAUUAUCCGAUUGAAUUUAAUUUAAUUUAAUUUAAUUUCGAAAUUUAAUCUCCAAUUUAUUAAUCUAUCUUACUUUAUUAUUUUUAUUAUUUUUAUUUUCAAUUUUAUUUUCAAUUUCAAUAUCAAAAUAUUCUUUAUCUCCAACUAAAUCUCAAUUUUUAUUUAGCUUUAAUCUUUUUCUUUAUUUUUUUUCUUAAUAUUUUGCUUAAGAUAAUGGAGAACGCAUCAAUAACGUCAAUAACAUCAAUAACA